AUGAAGUUUGCUCUCUUUUCCGCAGCCCUCGCGGGCUUUGCCGCGUCGUCCGUUCGUGCCACUGGCACAAACGGUGAGGCGUUCAUCCUCAGCGGUAACAACUGGCUCGCCAUCACUCGUAUGGACCCCAUUGUCAACCCCGGUGCCGUCGGUGGUCACGUCCAUGCUAUCAUGGGUGCCUCCAACUUCCGCAACAUCCUCAAUGACCCCUCCGAGCAGGCCAACGCCGAGUGUUCGACCGUGGCCGUCUCCGAGGACAUGUCCAACUACUGGGUGCCCCUCCCGUACUUUAUCAACGCAAACGGCACCUAUUCGGCCAUGAUUGGUGGCACCCGUAUCUACUACCUCAACCACUCGGGUGCGGGCUCCCAGAAAGUCCAGGCGUUCCCUCGUGGCAUGCGCAUGAUCUCGGGUCUUGCCGGUCGUCGUGACCCCGGUGCUAUUCAGACGCAGGGUGUCAAGAUCUACUACGUGCACGGCGAGAGCACCAACACGCAGUUCAUUGCCAACGGCACCAUCCAGAAGACUGCUCCCGAGUCCAUCACGUUCAACAUCAACUUCCCUUACUGUGGCUGGGCCAACCAGUCGCUCGACUCUGACGACCACUUUUCGCACAUGACUUGGGGUAUCCACGGUGUCGAGAGCGAGUGGGCCGUCAACGCUGAGACCUGCCCCGACACCCACCCCAUCAUGUACCCCCAGAUCACCAUCAACGCCGAAUACGUCCUUGAGCCCUGGCAGAAGGAGGCCUGGAACACUGAAGGCCCCAACAUCAUCCUCUCGAACGGCGACGUUACUGGUGUCACCUACCACGGCGACUUCGUGUCCGGAUGGGACCCUACUCUUCUCCAGAGCGUCAUUGACGACUGUGGCGCCGUCGGCUCGAACCUCUAUGAAUGCUCGCACCUGUCCGCCUCUGGCAUGCUCCAGGGCUGGGGUCCCGACACCGCGAACGGCAAGGUCCUCAACAACUGUCGCUACCAGGGUCAGCUUGUCGACGAGGAUGUUGGCCUUUACCGUCCCAUUGACAAGCUUCCCGGCUGCAACCCCCGCUGGGACUGGGACGGCCCCAACGAGAAGCCCACCGACUGCGAGGAGGUUGCGACCCCCGGUUUCGUCUCGCCCAACCUGCAGUACUUUGGCCCUUGGUGGACUCGCUUCCCCCUCGUCCUCCCCAACGUUGACACCUCGGACCCGGCCUCCAUGGUCCCCAUGAGCGGUAACAAGGGCACCAACUAUGCCUACCUUGGCGACUGGGCUACUUCGGAGGACGGCAAGACUAACGUCACCAACGUUCUCCACGGCACCCAGGACGAGGUCAACGCCAACACUGUCCAGAACGACAACAACAAGAAGUCGCUCCUCUACGGCGUCUCGGACUACGACGCGUUUGACAGCACCGUUGCGUCCAUCGGCCUGGCCGACCUUGCCGUCGCCACUGUCGGUGCCGCCACCACCUCCGCCACCCAGACUUACCAGUGUCUCGUCAGCCCCCCUUGGGGAGGUCUUCCCUGCGGUCCCCAGUGGAACUACGCUGCGACCAGUGCCGCAGCGGCCGCGACCACUUCUGUUGACUCUGCGGCAACGACCACCGUCGCCGCUGCUCAGGCCACUGCCACUGAUGGCAGCAGCGCGUCGCUCGUCGCGGCCAACAACGCCGUUGUCGCUUCGCUCUCGUCGUCGGACACUGCCACUGCUUCGUAUGCUGAGGCUACUGGCGUCGACUCUGUCCAGGCCGACUCCACCACUGCCGCCGAGCCCGUCUCUGUGACCGGCGUGGCGACUGACGCGUCCUCGGUCGACCCCACUGCCACUGUCGAGGCUGUCGAGAGCACUGCCACUGCCGAGUCCGUCGAGAGCACUGCCGAUGACGUGUCUGUCGAGAGCACCGCCACUGCCGUUGCUGUCGAGAGCACCAUCACUGCCUCGAGCUCGUCGGGCAAGAAGAAGUGCACCCGCCGCAGGAAGCGCUCUUCGCACCAGAAGCGCGCGCACGGUGGCAACGCCAUGCGCAGCCGCAUCCGCACCCUCUAA